UAUACCUGCAUGCAGGUGUGCAGAGUGGGAGGAGUGACGGGAAGAUUGCAGGGAAGGUCAGGAGAGGGGAACACGAGGGAAACUAUGGGGGACAGCCACAGCCGUGACACCCUGUUUAGAUUUGAUCCAUGGAUGGGAACCUCCUGUCUGUGGAGGCCUGUUUUCAUUUUGUUUCCAUGUGGACUGGAUCUUCCUCCUGCUUUCAUUAUUUUUAUUCUUAUUGUUUAUUUGUGAUUUCUAGUUGAGGCUGCACACCAUGUUUUUUGUUUUGUUUUUUUUACCUUGAAAUGAUGUAAAGCUGCACUGCUGCCAUGCCAGAGCUGUUCUUUAGAAUACAAACAUGUAUGCCAAAAUAGUGAGCUUAUAAUGAGCACGCACACACACAUUAAAAAGCCAGCUCUCUCCGCACUUUUUUUUUUUCCUCCUCUUGAAACCACGUGUAGGGUUUCAACCCCCGACGGUGACGGACAGCUCCACCGGCCAAUGAGAAAGCAGGGGUUUCUCGGUUUUCCUCGGGUCAGGGUUUAAUGGUACCAAUCUGACAGAGGCAGAGGCCGGGCCCGGUGGUGUAGGCGUGCCCUGCCGCUUUACAAAGUCACUCCAGCACUGAAUCACCGCAACUUCUCUUAAAAACUUUUUGGAAAAGUUGCGCAGUCUUGCUCCGAGCUUUUGCAAAGCGCUUCAGUCCCCCCCUCACAGUAAAAACCAUCCACCUCCUCCAGGUCUUCUACCUCCCGCUUUGCUUCAUCAUGCAUAACAGCCACGUUCCUCAUCUGCUCCUCUCUCUUCUCUGCAUCGGACUGAAUGCCCAGUCUGAGCUGGAGACAGAUGAAGUGGUUCCCAGGCUGCUGUCCGGACAGGAGGCACACCUGUCCUCCACGCUGCGGCACCGCGGCCAGCGCUCCUUGGACGUUCCGGGGGGAGGACACUCUGACCCGGAUAAUAUCAUUCUGUCGCUGCCAGCUUUUGGAAGGAACCUGUACUUGAGUCUGACGCGAGACAGCAAGUUUCUCUCAGGGGACUUCGUGGUGGAGGAGAGGCGCGGGGACCAGAGCGCAGCGGUGAGCCGCUUAUCCACCAACCAGCUCUGCUUCUACUCCGGCUCCAUCCUCAACCACACACAAUCCUUGGCAUCAGUGAGCACCUGUGGCGGCCUGACUGGGAUCAUCCAGAUCGGGGGGGACAGCAUGUUCAUCCAGCCGGUGGGUGAAAACGACCCGUCACAGUCGUUCUCUGGACUCAAACACCGGCUGCAGCGACGCCGGCGCUCUGCCAAGAGCAGCUCCGCUCCAGAUGCUGACCAGCCCAACUACUGUGGGACUGUACAAGGGAAGGAGAAGGCGAAGAUGUCGAAAGUGGGCGAGGAGGGCCGUGGGAAGAGGAAUGCCAUUCGCCUGCAUGAAGCAUACACUGUGGAGACGUUGGUGGUAGCAGACUCGGAUAUGGUGCAGUACCACGGCGCAGAGGCAGCACAGAGGUUUCUGCUGACCGUCAUGAACAUGGUCUACAACAUGUUCCACGACCAGAGUCUGGGAGUCAGGAUCAACAUUCGGGUCACCAAGCUGGUGUUGCUUCACACCCGCCCAGAAAAACUUAAGGUGGGCCAUCAUGGAGAAAGGUCUCUGGAGACCUUCUGUCAUUGGCAGUAUCAAGAGUUUGGGGGGCCGCGUUACCUUGGCACCAACCACAUUCCUGGUGGAAGGGAUGACAUCCCACCAGUGGAUACUGCUGUGCUGGUCACCAGGACGGACUUCUGCGUUCACAAAGAUGAACCCUGUGAUACUGUGGGUAUUGCUUAUCUAGGUGGCGUCUGCAGUGCCAAGAGGAAGUGCGUGUUAGCGGAGGACAACGGGCUCAAUUUGGCCUUCACCAUCGCUCACGAGCUGGGACACAACAUGGGAAUGAGCCACGAUGAUGACCACGCCACCUGCACUGGUCACUCUCACAUCAUGUCUGGUGAAUGGGUGAAAGGGAGAAACCCCAGCGACCUGUCAUGGUCAUCCUGCAGCCGCGAUGACCUGGAGAAGUUCUUAAGGUCCAAAGCCAGUGUCUGCCUACUGCACACAGACCCCAGGAGCCGUUACCAGGUCCGGCUUCCUCCCAAGCUGCCAGGCAUGCACUACAGCGUGGAUGAACAGUGCCAGAUCCUGUUUGGAACCAAUGCCACUUUCUGCAAUGACAUGGAGCACCUGAUGUGUGCUGGCCUGUGGUGUUUAGUAGAGGGAGACGUAUCCUGCAAGACAAAACUGGAUCCUCCUCUGGAUGGAACAGAGUGUGGAGCUGACAAGUGGUGCAGGGCAGGCGAGUGUGUCAGUAAGACUCCUAUCCCUCAGCAUGUGGAUGGUGACUGGAGUCCCUGGAGCCAGUGGAGCAUGUGCAGCAGGACCUGCGGUACUGGAGUCCAGUUCAGACAGAGGAAAUGUGACAACCCUCCGCCCGGUCCUGGUGGAAGACACUGUCAGAAGGCCAGUGUGGAGCACAAGGCCUGUGAAGGUCUUCCCUGUCCCAAGGGGGCACCAAGCUUCAGAGACCUGCAGUGUCUGUCCUACGACCGACACGCCAGCAAGAAAAAGGGCAGCAUGCUGACGGCUAUUAUUAACGAUGAGAAGCCGUGUGUGUUGUUCUGCAGCCCGGUGGGUCGAGAUGUCCCAGUUCUGAUGGCUGACAGAGUGAUGGAUGGGACGCCCUGUGGACCAUACGAGGCUGACUUGUGUGUUAAUGGGAGGUGUCAGAAAAUUGGCUGUGAUGGCAUCAUUGGCUCUUCAGCAAAAGAAGACCGGUGUGGUGUAUGUAAUGGAGACGGACGCUCCUGUAAGAUCGUGAGAGGAGACUUCAACCACACCAAAGGAAUGGUCACCACUAGGCAGUGUAAGAGGGUAUCUACCUGUGUGAUGGCUAAACCCAGAGCUGUCCCCAAGUGUUUCUCAUGCUACAUCGAGGCUGUGGUUAUCCCCGCAGGAGCCAGGAGGAUCAAAGUUGUGGAGGACAAACCCUCGCAUAGCUUUCUGGCCCUGAAAGACUCCAGCGAGAGGUCCAUCAACAACGACUGGAAGAUCGAGCUUCCAGGAGAGUUUGAGCUGGCCGGGACCACAGUGCGCUACGUUAGGAGGGGACUGUGGGAGAAGAUGUCCGCCAGGGGACCCACUAAGAGCCCCUUACACUUGAUGGUGCUGCUCUUUCAUGACCAGAGCUAUGGAAUCCACUAUGAGUACACGGUGUCUAUGAACACAACUCAGGACAGGAGCAGUGAAGAGCAGAAAGAACCAGAGUAUCUCUAUAUCUGGACACACAGCAGCUGGCAGGACUGUACAGUCCAAUGUGGAGGAGGUGAGAGGAGGACGGUGGUUUCCUGUAUGAGGAUAGCCAAUAAAACCAUGGAGGUGGUCAACAGCAGCUACUGUCAUCCUGAAAACAGACCACACCCACAAGUGCGACUCUGCAACUCACACCCCUGCCAGUACCGGUGGGUGACAGGAGAGUGGGGAUCCUGCUCCGUCACGUGUGGUAAAGGUCUUCAGCAGAGGGAGGUGGUUUGUGUUUACCACCUACAGAACGGCUCGCUCAUCCACACCAGGGACCUGUACUGCCAAGGAGGAAAACCUCCUCCUCUGCAGGGCUGUGAGGGCCGUCUCUGCCUCACCGUGUGGGAGGCUUCAGAGUGGUCCAAGUGCUCAUCAGACUGUGGUCAAGGUGUUCGUACGCGGACAGUGACGUGUACAAACCCUCAGGGUCUCUGCGAUCCUCUGUCCCAGCCCACUCAAGAGGAGCCCUGCGAGGACCACUCCAAAUGUUACGAGUGGAAGACAGGAGACUGGUCCAAGUGCUCGUCAUCCUGCGGAAAGGGCCUGCAGUCACGAGUGGUCCAGUGUAUGCACAAAGUGACCGGUCGUCACGGUAACGACUGCCCAGUGACGCUGAGACCACCGACCUACCGACCCUGUCACCAAGGCGCCUGCAACGAGAAAAUCAAUGUGAACACCAUCACCUCCCCCAGGCUAGCUGCUCUGACCUACAAAUGCAUGGGGGACCAGUGGACGGUGUACUGUCGUGUGAUCCGAGAGAAGAACCUCUGUCAGGACAUGAGGUGGUAUCAGCGCUGCUGUGAAACCUGUAGGGACUUUUAUGCCAAGAAAAUACUGCACAAGAGCUAAUGACCAAAUGCACCUACUUUUCCUCCAGACGGAGCUCCUUUUUUUUGUAAAUGUUUUUAAUAAUGUUAAAUGUUAUAAGAAAACAAUUUCUAUUAUUAUUGGUGGAACUUUUUUGUAUUUAAAGAAGAAAAAUGGCAAGUAUAAGUACAAGUGUACAGUUUAAAUGGGCUCAUGUGCUUCUAGUUUUGAUGAAGACUUGAAGAUGUCCAGUUUUUUCUUUUGCUGUACACCAAAAAUAAAAAAAGAAAAAAAGAAAAGAAACGAAAGAAAUCGGGGGAGCCUUUAGAACGCCAAUCCAGGCGGCUUUAUUGCACAGAACGAUUGAAAAUAAGUGCUUGAUGUUGUGUAGACCUUUUUUUCUGGCAGGUCUACCAGAUAACAUAGGAUUAUGAGUUAACCAGAGCUCUCCCCUUCCUCCUUUUCCUUAAUUAUGCUCUCCUUUGUAUCUUUUAUUCUGUUGUACUGUAUUAUAGCCAAUUGUUGCAAUUUCAAAUAACUAGUAAAUAGGUUUAUACAUAAGUAAAAUGAUGAUACUUAAGUAUUAAUUAAGUAUGCUGUAAUAAUGUGUAAGAAUUGAUCAGGAGCCAUGGUAAAAUACUGUAGGAUUACAGUGAAUCGACCAAGCUAAUGAUAGGAGACCCACUGAUCCACAGGUCUGUUUGAGGGCCGUGGAUAGCUCAUGUAGCAGAACAUGGUGGAACCGUAAACAUACACUCUAAGGGUACAUGGUUGUUUUGUUUCCUUUCAGAUGCAGUCCAUUGAUGGACUUCAUGUUUUCUUGCCAACAAUAUUAGUCUCUUUAAGAUUUAUUUAAACUCACUCAGAUCAACUGUGCACCUCGGAGCAAAUUUUUGUUUUGCAGUUCAAGUCCUGUAAGGUCGGGGUCGGUAUGAGCAGUGCUCAUCAUCCUGACCAUGGGCUUGUCUAAAGGAUCAGUGUGUAUAAUUUAGUGACAUUUAGUGGUCUUGUUGUGGAAUGGAACUCCCUACACUCGUGCAUGCACAAAAAAACAACAAAAAGCCUGAUCCAGAGCCAAGCCUGUUUGGAUUACGGGGUGACUGCAGAAACAUGGCGGUUCACGAUGGCGUCGUCCGUAGAAGAGGACCUACGGUGUCUGUAGAUAUAAUAGAUAACAAAAACGUAUUACACAAGAAUGAAAAGUAUUUAAGCCCCCCUGAAUCUUACAUACUGGACCUUUAAAUCACGCUGUGCUGCCACAGGCCAUGAACACUUGCAUUGCUAUUGAAGUCACGGCAGCGAGACCAACUGCAACAAUCAUCAGAUCUAAACCUUUCCUAACUUUUGACCUUUUUACACACCACACUCAUUUUGUCCAACUUACAUUUCAUUCAUCACAACUUAGAAAACUCCAUUUACAUUUGUCAUUUCAAGUGUCACGUAUCCGGAAAACACUUGUAUGCAUCUCCAUCGGCCAAAUCACCAGUCCGAUGACAGUCCAGCAUGUUUUUCCUAGCUGCAUCGAUUCUAAUGCACCUGCCAUAAAAUGGAUGACGAUAACAUGAAAAAAUAUGUUUAUGAACAAGCAAGAGAAAAGUUUCAUCAUCUUCACAGCCUUCAUUCAUUUCACUCCCUCGCAGAACUCUGAUGACUCACUGGUUGCUUUUUUCAGCCAUGGUGUGUAUUAUCCCCCAGAAUACACCUGCAGAAUAACUGUUUUGACACAUGUGACAAAGAUAAUAGACAGUCACAUUCACAUGAACUACACAUGCACUCUGAUCAACACUGUCAUCCUGAUAAUAGAUCAAUCUAAUAAUCACUUGCUUUUCAAGCUUGGAAAUGGGAUAGCUAUCAGAUUGACUAGACCACAUCUGGUUAGCAGUCUGACCAUAAAAAGGCUGAAUAAAGGCUAAAUACCUGUUAGUGUUAAUACUGUUACCUGUUUGUUGCACCUUUACUAUCUUGUUUUUGACAUUGGUUUGCAUGUGCUUUUGUGCACAGGGCAUUGGCUCAGGCUAUAAGUGCAGCAGCAGUGAUACUGCUGAUCAGCCUGCUGUUUAGUUCUAUAAGACAAAGACAACAUGUUGAAAGGUCACAAAGCUCUGCCGCUUCCUGCUGCUCAAGCUGCCUGUCAAAACGCUUCAGGUGAGCACAUCCAGCAGCGUCACAUCAGGAGAGUCUCGAGUGACUGUGACAGAGCACAAUAUGAGGAUGACUUGACCAGCUAGCACACUGUCACAGAGCUUCUCCACUGCUUCGUCCUGAUUAUCAUCUUACUUACAGAUGCCUGCACGUCGUGAGAGAGUAACCUCUAUCACUUCCUUUGACUUGAGACGCACCGAGUUUGUUGACAAAUGCACUGGCUCCGCCUGCCGAGUUUGCAUAUUGAUAUCUAAUCACAAUAUAGACAGAACUGAGAACACUUAUUUAACAACAUGUUUAAAUUCAAAGGCCCAUGAUGAGAUGCAUACAACAUAUCCAGAUACAGGACACUUGAUAAUACUAUAAUGGAAAUGGGUGGACUAAAGGUUAGGGCUUCAUUCUUCACUGCUUGAAAUAUUUUUUUUUUCAUGAGCUUGUCACCUCAGACAGUAAAAGUCUGAAGGUAAUCAUCAUCUUUAAAUGAUCUUUGAAGUUGCAGUAGGAAACAUCUGAACACACACAAUCCUUGUAGGGCUUGCUGCUAAUUGGUUCUUUAUGUUCAGGUGCAGUGAAUUCUUCCAAUUGCCGUUAGUAAAACUCAGAUGAUCUGUCCUAUGUUCUGUCAGGACAUAGUGGCACUUCUGUGCUCUGUCAGGACAUAGUGGCACUUCUGUGUUCUGUCAGCACAUAGUGGCACUUCUGUGUUUUGUCAGCACAUAGUGGCAUUUCUGUGUUCUGUCAGCACAUAGUGGCAUUUCUGUGUUUUGUCAGCACAAAGUGGCACUUCUGUGCUCUGUCAGGACAUAGUGGCACUUCUGUGCUCUGUCAGGACAUAGUGGCACUUCGACUGCAGCUUCAAAUGGUCAGACAGUUCAUAUUAAAUAUCACCAGCAGCUGCUGUUCAAAAAUCACCCAAGUCAGCCCAUGGAGCUCACAUGCAUAUGUGUGUGUGUGUGUGUGUGUGUGCGUGUGUGUGUGCGUACGUGCGUGCACGUGCGUGCGUGUGUGUGCAUGUGUGUGUCCUCAGUCUUUUCCAGGAGGUUGAAUGGUGCUAUCUUAUGACCUGUUUCACUAUUGUGGAAUUCAUCUUUUUGUCAGUGGUGGUCCUGUUGUCAUUGUUAACAGUUUUUUUGUAUGUUGUAGGAUUAUUUAAUAACAUGCUUUUUAUUGAUGAGUCUCUUUUUGUUUGGUUGGUUUUGUUAUGUUCUUUUUUUUUUUUGCCAUUGUAGUGCAAAUAUGCUUAAUUAUUUCCGUACUGUACUAUUUUUAGUUGCACAUACAGUAUGUUUGGCACAUAAACUGCCACUAAAUGUAUUUUUUGGUGCUGAUUUCAAACUGAGUAAAUAAUUUGUUUAUACAGGGAUUUAACCAUUUGUCUGUUGUUCUGUGCGGUCACACUAUAUUUGUACUGUGUUCGAUUUUUCACCAGACCAUUCUGAGCAAGAACCUGAAUGAUUGGAUCAAAUUCUAUUUCAAGUCUACUGUAAAGUGAUUCUCUUUUAUUUUGUUAUAUAAUAAAUAAUGUGAUUUUACAUGGAAAACAAACCUGUAUGACCCACUGUUAACGUAUGUGGAUUUACCAUUAAACCAGAAUGCAGACUGCUCCCUUCCUCUUCCUGUCCUCACAGCACACUCCAUACACUGAAGUGGUUAAAUAACAAUGAAUACAU